AACGCACAUCAUGUGACAAACAUUGCAGUCGGAACUAAACAGGGCUUCUCUCGAUAUCGCCAUUCCUGGCUGCUGCAGCGGAAGGGAAGCUGGGGACACGUUCUUUAGUUAUCGCACGAGGUGCGUAUAAAGUCCCGUGUUAGGUCUAACUCUUUAGAAUCGAGAAACAAGCAAACGAUUUGGCUAUCCACCCACUUGUUAGUACAAUGUCUUCCUUGAUGGACGAAGAACCGCAGGUGGCCCAGUUCGGAGGUACUUACAAGGAGCCGCAGAGCUCGACUAGCCUCACGAACGCCUCGGCUCUGGGGCACCAGGAAGAGGGGGAGGGAGAGAGGAACGAAGAAAUCGACCCGACGCAGGAUGAGAUGGAGCGGGAGAGACUCAUGGCUAAAGCCGAGCAGCUGCAGGACGACAUCGAGAAGCUUCGUGCGGAGCUGCGGAGUAAGGAGGUGGAGAUGGCGGAGGUGAAGCGGGCUCUGGGCAUCACUCCCUACGUGGAGUUCAAACAGAGUGUCUCUCACGGCUUGGAGGUCGUGGGGAGCAAAUUUCGCGGCCUCCAGGACACACAGGGAUCUUCUCUCUCUCUCGUUGCUGGCAGGUACAGGAAAGUGGAUGAGAAGUUGACUGGAUGGAAGUCCAGAGUGGAGGAAUCCCCCGCCUACCAGAAGACGGUCACCACACUGUCAGACGGCUCAAAGAAAGCUUCGGGGGCCAUCUCUAAUGCCGGAACACGCAUCAAGGAGAAUGAGAAGGUGAAGGCCAUUGGCGAGAAGACGUCCACUGCCUUUAAGAAGACAGGAACUGUCAUCAAAGAAAGAGCCUCCACGCUCAGGGAGAAGAUGAGACCGUCAACGGAUCACGGAGACGGAGAAACACAAGUGCCUGACGUUGCCGUGGAAACACAACCCAACCACCAAUCAGAUGUGGACAGGGAGAAUUGAAGACGAGAUAUAACUUUGUGUGCACGUGUGUGAGCUGUGGUACAUUUUGCACAUACUGAUAAUUUCAGCAGUUUAGCUAAAGACAACAAUGAUUUGUGUUUAUACUCUCGCAGAUAUUAUGCACACAUGUUGUAAUUGAACCAACUUCGUGAAUUAUAGAAAUGGGAUGGGUACUGAAAUUGAAAAGUGAAGUGACUACGUUAUGUAAUGAUGCAAUGAUCAUGUGACUGUCAUGUGACGACAACUGAUUGGCCCUGUUUCCUGGAGUCAGAGUGAGCCGAGACCACACCCACCUCGUUAACGUGUACACCUUGUACCACUGCAUAGUUGAAGUCUUUAGUGACGUUGUGACCUUUGGACUCUAGAUACGUGAUGAUGUCAUCGGGAAAUGAAGCUUCAACUUGCACUUGAUUAGGUAAUAGCUGAUGAUGGAGUCUGCUUGCUUCUAUGGCCUCAUCGAUUGGUUCAUUUAGUGACAGAACUCUCCAUAUUACCUGAGCGGUAGACGUUGGUAUUCUAGUGCCUCCUGAUGCUCCAGUAAUGAGGUACUGAGUCCCUCCACUUUCAGAUCUCUGGAAGAAAAAAAC